AUGGCCAAUGGAACUGCCUAUGAAGAAGACCAUGCACCGUCCUUGACUCGUAGACGUAAUGACAGAAGGGUAGAAGAUGUGGCAGUGGACGAAUCUCCAGUUCCUCAAACAUCUAGAUACACUACUACUCUUGAUAUAUCCAGUCCAGAUGAGGACAAGUGCAACUCUUUCAACUAUUCCUUCGCUGAUAACGCGAUCAGACUCAUUGUUCCUAAUAAAGAUACUACUGUAUCAAAGCUCAUGAACGGUGCUGAGGAGGAUGCUUAUACUCUUUCAUCCGAAGAGGCAUUCCAAUAUACCAAGCUCUAUCUUAACAAGGAUAAGAAGCCUGAACUGGUCCUUGUAGUAACUAAGAGAGCUGAUACUUCUAAGGAAACUUAUCUUGAACUCCAGAACGGAAAGUGGACGGUCUGUGAUAACCAUGAAAAAAAGAUGAAAACUUUGAAAGUUAUUACAGAAUGGAAAUCAGACUUUGAACUUGACCUUGCAUCAACUAGUAGUACUAAUGAAUGUAGCAUUUUCCAAGUCGACCUCCUGGGUAUUACCACUAGACACUUUUAUCCAAAGGCUGGAUAUCUUGCUGUAAAAGUAAAUGAUGGGACUAGGUCCAUAUGGGAACCCACAAAGCCUGGUAGUAGAUAUGGAUCAGAAGAAGACUUUGAUGGCUAUGAUUACUGCCUUUCUUGUCUCAUUCAUAAUAAAGGCGAUAAGGAGCUACUUGAGAUGAUUGUGGUGGAAAGAUUAUCAAGGAGAUGGAAGUACUUUGAAAAGAGUGGUGAAGAGUGGAUGGAGAUUAAUAAGACAGACUUUGAUCAGAAGCUAAGGGACCUAAAGAUGGAACAGUCUACUACUCCAGAGUCUAAAUACUGA